CAGACCGCCGCGGGCGCCGCGCCGCGCUCGUGCUCAGCGCCGUCAACGCCGCCUGGCUGGGCGUGCUCAAGUCGUUCAGUAACAGCUACACCGUCUUCAUACUCUUGGAACUUCUUCAAGCCAUCAUUGGCAGUUCCACCUACCAAUCGACGUAUAUUUUGUUGAUGGAAUUAGUACGUCCUGAACAUCGAGUAUUCACUAGUACCUGCAUGAACACCUGCUUGUCCCUCAGUCUUAUGAUGUUAGGCCUCAUAGCAUGGGCCGUUCCUAACUGGAGAAAGUUUUGCCUUGCGCUAUACAUAGGUACCACAGCUGUUCACUAUUUUAUAUUGUUGGAUGAUAGGCGAAUCAGUUCGUUGGUAUAUAUCAAAAGGCCGGUACGAAGAUUCUGAGAAAACUUUGAAGAAUAUAGCGCAAGUCAAUAAAAAACAAACUUCUGAAAAGUCUUUGGAACUCCUAAGAAAAAAAGCAGAAGAAGUAAGAACAAAUUCAGAGGAGAGCCGAGGAAAAGAACGCAAUUCAAAUGAACCUUCGCUACUUGCACUUUUGCUCCAAUACAAAAUAGUUUUGUUUCGGUGCAUUAUCACUCCAUUUAUGUGGAUCAGUUUCACUCUCAUCUACCAGGGCCUUUCAAUAAACGCUGUGAAUAUAUCAGGGAACAAAUACGUCAACUAUAUUGCGGUGGCGGCUGCUCAAAUUCCAGGAAUUUGGGCAUCGUACUUUCUUCUGGACAAGAUUGGCAGGAAGCCCGUUCUAGUGGCCGCUUACUGGAUAUGUGCGGCCUGCCAGAUAGGUUUUAUGUUCAUACCAAAAACUCGAUACGCGCUGUCGCUGUCGGUGUACAUGGUUGGCGCGGGCUGCAGCGGCGCGGUGCUGAGCGCGCUGUACAUCUUCACGGCCGAGCUGUUCCCGACGCCGGCGCGCCACCGCCUGUUCGCCGUCGCCUCCUCCGUGGGCCGCAUCGGCUCCGCCGUCGCUCCCUUGACGCCUGCGCUCGCGGCAAUGGUGUGGGAGCAGUUCCCGUUCGCGCUGUUCGCGGGCUGCGCGUGCGUGUCGGGCGCGCUGGUGCUGCUGGCGCCCGAGACGCGCGGCGCGCGCCUGCCCGACACCAUGCGCCAGGCCGCCGACCUCGGCCGCGCGCGCACGCCAAGACAAACUUAAAUUCAAAAUGCACCAAAAUCGCAUAUUCGGCUCAGGCUGCCUUUUCAAAAUU